AUGGCCAGUUCCGAGAAAUAUGAUCACGAAUCACCGCCGCCGACGGCCAGCGACGUAGUCGAGCACAAGAAGCGCUCCAACACGCCUGCGCUGCUCGUCCGCAGGUCGUCGAUGGGAGGCAAGCUGCCCGAGACCGUUUCGUCUGCCUAUGUCCUUGAUUGGGAAGAUGAGACCUGCAGACAACGACUCCUAAGCCGCGCCGAGGACCUUCUGGGAGAAGCUGUUGGGCGGAGGAGGCUCACCGUCAUUCAGGGGCUCCCGCUAGACUUGGUUCAGAUUCUGAGAGAUUCUUUGGGAGUCGACCCGGGGUUUCUCGAAGCGCAUGCGGGACGGCGACGACAUCGGCCGUUGAAGCAGGACCAUGGCGACUGCUUCGUGUCUUUCGAAUAUCCCGAGCUUGUCAAAGUCGAUCGAACCGCCAUUGGGCCGGAUCUUGGGUAUAAGCCAUCGGCCAGGCAGUCGGACCUGGUGGAUGUGAUGGACGAGGCACCGUUCCAUUCCAUGUCUCGAGAUGGACAGGCAGUCAUAUUCUGCCACGCGUCCUUGUGGAUGAGCAGCAAAGCCGAUAUUCUUUUUCUGGACCGACCUAUUUGGAAUGACCCUUCAUCACAGCUCAGAAAAGCUCGCCGACCUCUUUCUGUCGCGAGAUCAUGGCAAACGAAAAUCGACGAAUCGCAACUCGACGGCACCUCUGUGUGGAAUGUGCUGAUUGCAGAAGGAGACGAGUUUCCUGGUCUCGAAGACAGCCUUCUUCGAAACUUCCGGCACACGAAUGUAGUCAGGCAAGGCCUGCCUGAUGUUUUGGCUGAUGCGGUUUAUGGAAAGUGGCUAGACCUUUUCGAAACACUUCCGCAGUCUUUGGAUGACGCCAGUCUGUUCUGGCAAGCAACAGAGUCGUUAGAGCAGAAUCUGGACGAGGCUCGCAACCAGGAACGACGUACGACAGCGAGCGAUAUGCAACACCCUGACUGGCGUCAUCUUCUCGACAGGCUACAGCGUCGUGUCACACUAUCGCAGAUGGCGACGACGGCCCCACAGACCUCGUGGCUGCCUUCAACACGGGGGUUGACGACAGCGCAGCCCCGGACACGAGACGCUGGCUAUCUCGGAAAUACUAGGCCGCCUGCGGGUGUUGAAGGGCAUUCGAAAGAUGACAAGGAAGCGAACCAGCGAGCACUCGACCGAGUCACCUAUCUGGGAGGCAUUUUGCUCCCCUUUACCGUGGUGUCUGCCAUACUUUCAAUGAAUGAACAGUAUUCACCCAACGGAUCCCGAUUCUGGGUUUUCUGGGUAGCCUCAGUAGCAGCCGUCGUUUUCUCGUUGCUCAUCAUUUACCUUGACCAACUGCGCGGCCUCGAGGUCUACUUUGACGUCACAGCCGCCAGUGCCGUAGAGUCAGCUUUCUCAUCCGGCGGCGUCACGGCUCAAGUCUACAGCAGCGGCGGGGUGACCGCUGCCGCUGCGGCAUCGAUGCCGCAAUCGAGAUUGCGACGGCCGUCGCGGCUGAACGCGGAGAUUUUAGUCGAUAUGCCACAGCCUGGCGUUGGAGAUGUUGAAGUCAUGGCCGAUUCGGCAGUCAAUCCGACAAUGCUUGUGCAGGCAUGCAGCGACGGAAGGAAACCCAAGGCAUGGCAGAGGGGCAGGCUUGGCUGGGGCGGUGCCAUAAAGAAGGUCGUGGGAUACUAUCGGUGGAGGGGCAGGACGCCGAUGCAAUUGAGUUCGAACGGUUUGGAAAGGUUUCGCAUGGAAAACAUUUAA